GGGGCCGCCUGGGCGCAUCGCCCGCGCCGCCGCCGCCCGAGCGCGCUACCUGCGACAUGAAGACGCCCGGCGAGGUGUUGCGCGAGGGCGAGCUGGAGAAGCGCAGCGACAGCCUGUUCCAGCUGUGGAAGAAGAAGCGCGGCGUGCUCACCGCUGACCGCCUGCGCCUGUUCCCCGCCGGCCCCGGCGCGCGCCCCAAGGAGCUGCGCUUCCACUCCAUCCUCAAGGUGGACUGCGUGGAGCGCACCGGCAAGUACGUCUACUUCACCAUCGUCACCACCGACCGCAAGGAGAUCGACUUCCGCUGCGCGGGCGAGAGCUGCUGGAACGCGGCCAUCACGCUGGCGCUCAUCGACUUCCAGAACCGCCGCGCCCUGAGCCGCGCACUGGACGAGUCGGGCCCGACGCGGGGCCGCGCCGGCAGGAACCCCGGGGACUGCGGGGGAAACCUGGGCGGGCCGCCCACCCGCUGA